AUGUCGCCGAGUUCCACAUACACCGCUUCCGUUGACUACACAGAGCCCAAAGGGGACCUGUCACCCCGACCGGACUCAUUGGAAGCUGGCAAAAAGAAAUUGGAGGAUGACAUCGAUCCUGUCUUCGAGCGCAAAACCAUGCGAUGGGUGGACAUCCGGAUGCUUCCGCUCCUAGCCCUUCUUUACUCUGUUGCCUUGGUGGACCGAUUGAAUAUUAGUGUCGCUAGGACAGCCGGUAUGGGCGAAGCACUGGGACUUGAUAUCGGAUCUCGUUACAGUAUCGCGACGUGCAUGUACUUCAUUCCUUACGUGCUAUUUCAAGUACCUGGGAAUAUCCUUCUUCGUAAAAUCGGAGCACGCGUCUUCCUCUCUUUUAUUGUGACUGCAUGGGGUGCAGUAUGCCUAUCGAUUGGGUUCGUCAAGACCUGGGAAGUUCUCACCGUUUUACGCGUGCUACUGGGUGCUUUGGAGGCCGGACUCUUUCCUGCGCUUGUGUACAUCAUCUCGACUUGGUACACGCGCCACGAAGUUGCAAAGAGACUCGCUGCAUUCUACAUGAUAUCACUAACAAUUGCUGGAUUCGCUCCUAUCCUUGCGUACUGCUUCAGCUUACUCGACGGAAAACGGGGUAUUGCUGGCUGGUCAUGGAUCUUUAUCAUUGAGGGCGCAUUCACUAUAUUCCUGGGCAUCAUCACGUUCCUUUAUGUCCCUGAUUUCCCAGACAAGAACCGGUUCUUGACCCCGGAGCAGACGGCAGUGGUUCUAAGGAGGAUCGAAAUUGACCGUGGAGAUUCAGUGCCGGAUGUCUUGACCCCCGCUAAGAUUUGGUUCCACCUGAAGGAUUGGUCGAUCUGGACUUAUGGCAUCAUGUUAGCGUGUUCGACGGUGCCAUCAUACAUGCUAGCUUACUUCAUUUCUAUUAUCUUGGGCGGUAUGGGCUACGGGAGAAGUAUGUCCCUUCUUCUGAGCGCACCUCCCUAUGGUCCCGCGUUCAUCUCUGCGCUCUUCUUUGCAUGGAUAUCGGACCGAUACAAGCACCGGAGCUCAUACAUCAUCAUCCAAGCCUGUAUUUGCAUUGUCGGGUGUUGCUUAACAGCGUUUUGCCAGCCGCAUGCCGUGCGGUACUUCGGGACUUUCCUUAUCAACAUUGGAAGUGCGGGUGCUAUACCAUGUAUCCUAGCGUAUGGCGCCAACAAUGUCGUAUCUCAGAGUAAGCGGUCGGUACAGACUGCGUUGACUUCGGGCUGCGCAGGUAUCGGCGGAAUCAUUGCUUCCACCGUAUUUCGGGAAAAGGAUUAUCCAAAAUAUAUCCCUGGUCUGUGGGUGACGAUCGGGACACAAAUUGUGCUCAUUGGAGUCGUACUGACCACAGUGGUACAUUUCUCGAGGCUGAACAGGCUGAUGAGAGAGGGUAAACUGAAAGAGCCGAUCCAGGGUCAGCCAGGGUUCUAUCAUACGUUGUGA